AUGAAUGGUAGAAACAAAAUAGAUGAAAUGGCAGUGCCUUCUUUUAAAUUUAAUCUUUCUUUGCGCAAUAUUACAUUCUUUGUUCUUGCCCACAUCGGAUCAUUUUAUGCUAUUCGUUUAGUUUUUACAAAGGCUAUGUGGCAGACAAAUCUUUUUGGUAUGUAUUUUUCUUUAUUGCUAGUGAAUCAUAGUUCGUCAGAAUCUAGCACAAACUACAAAUGCGACAUUUCAGAUCGACAAGUAUUUUCAAAUUACUUUUUCUGCUUUCAGCGUAUUUGCUGUUCGUAUUUUCAUCUGUUAGUGUUACCGCUGGAGUGCACCGGUUGUGGUCGCACAGAGCAUACAAAGCUAAGCUACCCUUGCGCAUCUUUUUGUUAUUUUUCUAUACAAUGGCUUAUCAGGGUUCUGUGUUACACUGGGUGCGUGACCACCGCGUGCACCAUAAGCACUGCGACACAGAUGCGGAUCCCCACAACUCAAAGAAAGGUUUCUUUUUCGCCCAAAUAGGCUGGAUGUUGGCGAAAAAGCAUCCAGAUGUCAUCGCUAAAGGAAACACCAUCGACGUUAGCGACAUACUAAGUGAUCCAUUACUACGGUUACAAAAUAAAUAUUACUUUCAUGUGGUUUUCAUCAUCUGCUACAUGGUGCCGACGUAUAUUCCUACACUAUGGGGAGAGGAAGCAUGGACUGCAUUUUUCGUAGCUGGUGUUUUGCGACACCUGGUAUCAGUGCACACGAUAUCCCUCAUUAAUUCAGCAGCUCACAUUUAUGGCACCAAACCCUACGAUAAAAGCAUUUGUCCGGCAGAAAAUAUGACGGUCUCGCUGCUCGCUUCUGGUGAGGGUUUCCACAACUAUCACCAUACUUUCCCAUGGGAUUACAAAGCCGCCGAAUUAGGGGGAUACUCGCUUAAUUUUGCCACGUUUUUCAUCGACGUCAUGGCGAAAAUCGGUUGGGCAUACGGUUUGAAAACCGUUUCAGAAGAUCUUAUAGAAAAACGUGUCAAAAAAACAGGAGAUGGGUCGCACCCUGUAUGGGGGUGGAAUGAUAAAGACAUGCCUGAAGACGAUAGGAAAAGCGCUAUAAUUUCGUAAAACAAUGCGAUGUUCAUUAUCAUUCAUUAUACCUAAUCAGGUUUUAGAGAAGUAACAACAGU